AUGGCGUCUCAAUCUCGCCGUCGCGCAGACAGUCACCGUGCCUCCAUCAGCCGCCCUGGCUCUACGUACGCUAGGAAACGAGCCAUCAAAGCAUGCCAGGUAUGCCGCGCUCGGAGAACAAAGUGCGAUCAGCAACGGCCGGCCUGUUCAUUCUGCGUAAAAGCUGGCGUGCAAUGUGUUUUCGAACCAGACACCAAUGUGACAUUCGAUCAAGCGAGCCUUGCUAUCCUAGACCGGCUCGACCGACUCGGGCGUAAGAUAGACAGCCAAUCGAGGCCCCAGCCGGCGUUCCUAGGGACCCAUUAUGAUGACAGUAUCCAUGAGACCAGCAACGACUUAUCGCCCGAGCCUAGUGUCAUCCACAAGAUUCUUUUCCCUAUUACGAUCGACAAAGUCCUCCAAUGGAGUGUCUUCAGAGACGUCCAGUUACCAAUUCUGACGUCCCAUACACAACAACCCCCUGGGUCACAGUCUGAAUGCAGUAAUGCACAGAGACCAUGGGUGGAUGAGAUUCUCGACCGGGCAUCAUGCGAGCGAUGGCUCAGUAGCUUCUUCGCCCAUAUUCAUGUCAAGAACCCAAUCUUGGACGAGGAAGAAACAAGAAGACUUGUCUCCAGGCUGUGCGCACAGGGACUCGACUGGAGCAUCGACUCCGGUCUGGCGCUUCUGGUUUGCGCCAACGGAGCCAUUGCCCGACCACUCGAAGAGCAUCUCCCUCUAUCACACCCAGACAGACGAAUGGCGAUUUCCCUAUUCGAGGCAGCACAGAGAAGAGUUGGUGGCGGCUUAGGUCCAGUGGGACUGAUACAUGCUCAGUGCGCCUUUCUAUCAGGGGUUCUUCUCAUGUCACUGAUACGACCUGUCGAGGCUUGGACAACAUUUGUACACGGAUUGGCGAUUUGCCACUCGCUUCCUUAUACCCGACAACUCGACCCUGCUUCGGGCCAGACAAGUACGCAGGAGACUUCAGAACAGAGUGUUUUAUGGUCGUGCUGGAAGUCUGAACAGGAGCUCAGGUUCGAACUGGGCAUGUCUAGCCCCGCUGGAUUGGCUGAUGACCCUCCCGAGCUGUUCCCCAAGCCUCCCGAUGGAUGCGAAGGUGAUUUUGAGCGAGCAUGGUACUUUUACCUAUCCGAGAUAGCUCUAUGGAGAGUCGAGGUGAAUGCUCGAAGAAUAAUGGGCCAGCUCCAGCAUGGAAGCUGGCUGUGGGUUUCAAGAGUUUUAAGAGAGAUCAGAAAAGAUACAUCACAUCAACUCGAGACAUGGCAAGCCUCACUACCGCCGCUCGUCAGUAUCGAAAAUGAAUCCUCUCCUUAUGGAGGUGUCGAGGAUGAUGUGAUCCGAUUCGUACUGCGCGGGCGCAUCACGUAUAUCCGCGAGCUUAUUUCCUGGCCGUUUAUGCAUUUUGCUCUUAAUGAAGCUGUAGACCAAGAGUUGGAUGAUCAUGAUACUUCUGCUGCACUGGCUUGUCACCACCAAAGGUUACUACCAUCGUCACCACGGGACUUGGCUUAUGCUGCGAAGCUCAGCAAGAAGCGCAAGUAUACUGCUUGGGUUUGCACGCUUACACCCCGGGUCUACCCUUUUGCCUUUAGGUUGGAAGGACACAGUCUUGGAUACCUUGAAAAUGGUCGAAUACUGGAGCCUUGA